UGGGGUAAUACAUCGUGUAUUGGUGUGAGUUAGCGAGUGUAGGAUGCAUCUGUUUCUUGACGCAGCCAGGCCUUGUCACUGGAAUUUGGCUGCAGGGUUCUGGCUGCCCAGUGGGGGUGAGGUGUCCCUUUUCAUGUGGUGAUCGGGUGAUUUGGGUCCAGUCUUGUCGGAGCCGGUGGACCUUUGCCCAGGACACUGGGUUGAGCAUUACAGGCUUGCCAGAGCUCAGACCGACAGGGCCUGCAAGGCCUCCAGCCUUACAAUAUCAUUAUACCUUAAUAUAGGCAUAAUCUAAAGGACCAAAUGCGAGUGGUAAUAUUAACAGUAACCUUUGCAAAGGUCACUCCGAAUAAGAAUCCCCUGUUUUUAUUUAUCAAUUAGCCUGCCAUCUUCUAUUGCCCAAGAAUGUAACAUAUAAUCAGUUUCCAUUCUCAUUUCAUUUGAUAGCCAAGCCAAACAUUACAUAGGUUGGUGAGUAAGUAUUUGUUUCAGGGUAUUAAAGGCGGAUGAGCACAGAGCCGAUAUUGGACAUAAUUAGGGUCAGGUAAAUCCGUCUAAGGGCAACACUGUGCUUUCAGUCUGAUUAUCAAUGGAAAGCUCUAGUUUGGAGGACAAAAGGAUUAUUGUUUCGGAGGCAUUUGGAUUGGCUGGCAUUCUGUUCCCACCAGGAUCGUGGAAGCCAAGACACGAACACGUAUAAAUAGCCUCUGUUAGGCUGCUGGGCCGCUCAGGCUUUCAUUUUGGACCCGAGUCGGCCGUGGCUGCGCUCCCCAAGCAGACAACCAUGGUUAGCCGAGUAGAGCAUCCCGCCGGAGGGUACAGGAAGAUCUUUGAGACCUGCGAGGAGCUGGCUGAGCCCAUUGCGGCCCAGGUGACAGGCCGGAUUCCCCCGUGGCUGAGCGGCAGUCUCCUCCGGCUGGGGCCCGGUUUGUUUGAGGUGGGCUCCGAGCCCUUCUACCACCUCUUUGAUGGACUAGCCAUCAUGCACAAGUUUGACUUCAAAGACGGCAAGGUCACCUACUUCCGCAGGUUUAUAAAGACCGACGCAUAUGUGAGAGCCAUGACAGAGAAGCGCAUCGUCAUCACCGAGUUCGGCACCUUCGCCUACCCCGACCCCUGCAAAAACAUCUUCUCCAGGUUUUUCUCCUACUUUAAAGGCGUGGAAGUGACGGACAACUGCCUGGUCAACGUGUACCCCAUCGGCGAGGACUUCUACGCCUGCACAGAAACCAACUAUAUCACCAAAGUCAACCCUGAGACCCUGGCAACCCUGGAAAAGGUGGACAUGUGCAAGUAUGUGUCGAUCAACGGGAUAACAGCCCACCCUCAUAUUGACACAGAUGGGACCGUGUAUAACAUUGGGAAUUGUAUGGGGAAGGGUGCUUCACUGGCCUACAAUAUUAUAAGCAUCCCUCCUGCCCAGAAAGACCAAUCAGACCCCAUCGAGAAGUCUAGAGUGGUGGUCCAGUUUCCCAGCAGUGAGCGAUUCAAACCAUCCUAUGUUCACAGUUUUGGCAUGACGCCGAACCACUUUGUCUUUGUGGAGACGCCCGUGAAGAUCAACAUGCUGAAGUUCUUGAGUGCCUGGAGCAUAAGGGGCACUAACUACAUGGACUGCUUUGAGGUCAACGAGACCAUGGGGACGUGGAUCCAUCUGGCCUCUAGAAAUCCUGCCAAAUAUUUAGACGUCAAAUUCAGAACAUCUGCGAUGAACCUCUUCCAUCACAUUAAUUGCUAUGAAGACCAGGGUUUUGUCGUGAUUGACCUCUGUACCUGGAAAGGAUUUGAGUUUGUCUACAACUACUUGUACCUGGCCAACCUGCGGCAAAACUGGGAGGAGGUGAAACAGGCAGCUAUGGUGGCCCCUCAGCCGGAAGUCCGGCGAUACGUCGUUCCGCUAGACGUAUACAGGGAGGAGCAAGGUAAGAACCUCAUUUCCCUUCCUUACACGACAGCCACCGCUGUGAUGCGCAAUGAUGGAACCAUUUGGCUGGAACCCGAGGUUCUGUUCUCUGCUUCACGCCAAGCCUUUGAGUUUCCCCAAAUCAACUACAAAAGGUUUUGUGGAAAGAACUACACAUAUGCUUAUGGGCUUGGACUAAACCAUUUCAUUCCUGACAGGAUCUGCAAGUUGAACGUGAAGACCAAGGAGACGUGGGUUUGGCAGGAGCCAGACACUUAUCCUUCAGAGCCCCUGUUUGUGCAGACCCCAAACAGUGUGGAGGAAGAUGACGGGGUCUUGCUGACCAUCGUGGUGAGUCCUGGAGCUCAGAGACCGGGCUACCUCCUAAUACUGAACGCCAAGGACCUGACGGAGAUUGCCCGGGCAGAAGUGGAGAUAAUGAUUCCUGUGACCUUCCAUGGAUUGUACAAGCCUUAGAAUUUUCCAAAGAAAGCCAUGUCAAUGUCAUUUGUUAAUUGUCAUAGACCUGGUUUCCAUGCAACUAUACAGUAGCUAUACCAAUGAUGUCAUCAGAUUAAUUUAACUUUCCCAGCAAUACUUUGGAAUUAUUCAAGUUUUUAUAGAUAUGCCUGGGAUAUGUCGAAUGAUACUGCAGAAAUAUAUAAUGCUAUAUAUAUCUCUGCUCUCUUGUUUCGGAGUAAAAAUACAUAUUUUACAUGUUUUUAUUGUCCACAAUCAGCUGUACAGGACUGAGUUUAUUAAAACAUUUCACAUGCUAA